GAACAACACUAAUAACAAGAUUAGCAACUCUUUAUCAAAGCUCAAAUCUUUUUUAAUUUAAUUGAACCAAUUCACUUUUUUCCUCUAUAUCUUUCUGAUGAAAAAACAGUGCCAAAACCCAUAAAAACCUAGAAACUUCUUUUCUUUAUUUACAGAGAUUCUAGUCAUAAUCCUUCAAAUUUUUAUGGGGUUUCAUUUGGGUUUUUGAUCAAUUACAAAACCCAGUAAGGAUUUUCUUAAUCCUCUUCAUUAAUUCAGUUAAUUUCUUUGUUUUUUUAAGUUCUGUUUGCUCUGUUUUUUUUGCUGUUUUUUUCCUUUCUGCAAUUCAGCUUAGUUAGUGAAUUUUUAUAAUUAAGUUUCUCUAGAUCAAGUUUGAUUCUUUAUGAGAUUUAGUUUUGGAUAAUUGAAAUUUAUUUAACCUUUUUUACUUUGAUUGAUUAUUUGGGUAACCAAUGUAUGAAGAUGAUGGAUCAUCAUCAGUAACAUCAUCACCUUUACAAUUUUUUUCUAUGAUGUCUCUGUCACCUGGUGUGGGAUCACCAUAUCCAUGGCUUAGAGAGCUAAAAUCUGAGGAGAGAGGAUUAUAUUUGAUUCAUUUAUUGCUCACUUGUGGAAACCAUGUAGCUUCUGGUAGUCUUGAGAAUGCAGAGAUUGCUCUGGGCCAGAUUUCUCAGCUAGCCUCUGCUGAAGGUGAUACUAUGCAGAGAAUCGCUGCAUAUUUUACGGAGGCGCUUGCUAAUCGGAUCAUUAGAGCCUGGCCUGGUGUUCAUAGGGCUCUUAAUGCUACUAACAUAAUUUUGGUUUCUGAGGAAAUGAUGGUUCGGAAGUUGUUUUUCGAGAUGUUUCCAUUUUUGAAAGUCGGGUUUGUUCUGACGAAUCAAGCUAUAAUUGAAGCUAUGGAAGAGGAGAAGAUGGUUCAUAUUAUUGAUCUGAAUGCAGCUGAGCCUGCUCAGUGGCUUGCGCUUCUUCAAGCUUUAAGUGUGCGGCCGGAAGGGCCGCCGCAUUUGAGGAUUACUGGUAUCCAUCAACAAAAGGAGGUUCUUGAUCAGAUGGCUCAUAAAUUGAUCGAAGAAGCGGAAAAGUUGGAUAUUCCGUUUCAGUUCAACCCUAUUGUUAGCAAAUUAGAGAAUCUUGAUAUUGAAAAGUUGCGUGUUAAAACGGGUGAAGCUUUAGCGAUUAGUUCAACUCUUCAGUUGCAUACUCUUUUAGCCUCGGACGAUGAAACGAGGAAGAGAUCUCCAGUUGCAUCAAGGAAUGCAAAUGGAAUGAACUUGCAGAAAGUCCUUCAAUUGAACCAAGGCACAUUGGGAGAGUUGCUCGAGAAAGAUUUGGUAAAUGGAUAUAGCCCUAGCUCCGACUCAGCCUCAUCAUCGCCACUUUCGCCCACAUCUUCGACGAAGAUGGAUUAUUUUCUCAAUGCUCUAUGGAGUCUUUCACCAAAGCUCAUGGUGGUAAUGGAACAAGACUCUAAUCAUAAUGGAUCGACUCUAAUGGAGAGAUUAUUGGAGGCAUUGUACUCGUACGCUGCUCUCUUCGACUGUUUGGAAUCAACUGUAUCUCGAACAUCCAUCGAGCGACUUAAGGUGGAGAAGAUGCUUUUUGGGAAAGAAAUACACAACAUUAUAUCAUGCGAGGGAACCGAGAGAGUCGAAAGACAUGAAAAGCUCGAGAGGUGGUUUCAGAGGCUCGAUUUGGCCGGAUUUGGAAAUUCGCCUCUGAGCUACGGAGGAUUGUUGCAGGCGAGAAGAUUGUUGCAAAUGUAUGGUUGUGAUGGUUAUAGGAUUAAAGAGGAAAAUGGAUGUGUCGUAAUUUGCUGGCACGAUCGGACUCUAUUUUCGCUAUCGGCUUGGAGGUGUAGAAAGUAAGAUCAAAAGAUUGAUGACAUGGAAUAUGUUAGAGAGUUUUUGAUUGUAUGAAAUAGAUUAUAGUUUCAGAUGAUUUGAAUUGUCAUCUUGAUGCACAUAUUGCUCUUGAUAUGUUUUUAGUAUUUUCAUUUUACAUUUAAUGUAUAACCAAAUACUGAUUUAUGUCAAGGCUUGAACUUGUAUUACUUGGUGAUCAAUGGAGUUGUGUUUUCUCUCUAA